GCAGAUCUUAGGCGGCUGGGUCAGCUGACCCGAGGGACACGCUCGAACCGAUUUAGGCCGCUUCCCUCGGCCUUAGAGUCGCCACCGCCAUGGCCAGUCAGUCGCAGGGGAUCCAGCAGCUGCUGCAGGCCGAGAAGCGGGCUGCCGAGAAGGUGUCGGAGGCCCGCAAGCGAAAGAACCGGAGGCUGAAGCAGGCCAAAGAAGAAGCUCAGGCUGAAAUUGAACAGUACCGCCUGCAAAGAGAGAAGGAGUUCAAGGCCAAGGAAGCUGCGGCUCUGGGAUCUCACGGCAGCUGCAGCACUGAAGUGGAGAAGGAGACCCAGGAGAAGAUGACCAUCCUGCAGACCUACUUCCAGCAGAACAGGGAUGAAGUCCUGGAUAACCUCCUGGCCUUUGUCUGUGACAUCCGGCCGGAGAUCCAUGAAAACUACCGCAUAAAUGGAUAAGGGGAGGAAGGAGCAGCUCUGCGUGCAGAUUGGCAUGUUAGAUACCUUCAUGGAAAAUGAAGCUUCAGCAAAGCUUGAGUAAUUACAUCCUUGGGAAAAGGCAUUAAAUUAUUUCUGUAUAUUAUGUUGUAGGUCCCUUCACUUCUUGGAGAAUAGUAAAUCUAGCUUCUUUGUACAAACGUAGAGCUUAUCCAAAGAUUUUCUCCUUUUACCUCGUAUUUCUUAGAAAUUUAAUGUGUAUACAUGGUUUGUUUUCCUAUGCCUUUUAGCUCAAGCAACGUAUAUAUCAGUACUUUUCUUUCUUAGAUGUAGUAAAAAAAAAAUUUUUUUUUUUUUUAAAGAAAGAAAGGGAUUAAAUUUUUUUUUUUCCCUAAAGCUUUCUUGAAGGUCAGGGGCUUUAUCUAUGAAAAAGUAGUAAAUAGUUAUUUGUAACUUGUGUGAAGCAGCAGCCAGCCUUAAAAUAGUCCUUUCUGGCUAAGGGUAGAACAACGAAUACUAGUAUAUAUUGUUCAGGCUGCUUUUAGUUUCUCUUAAUCAAAAUUAUUAGAUGAUAGAAUUCAAGAACUUGUUACAUGUUAUUACUUGGUGUACUGAUAAUCAUUUAAAAGUAAAGACAUUGUCAUGCA